GGUGGAGCCCGGAGGGGCCGGAGUCUUCACUUCACUCCGCGCUGCGGCUGCUCGGCCCGUCACUCACAGUGCCUGCAACAUGGCGGCGGCGGCGAGGAGAUGCGCGCCUUACCGGCCCGUCACCCACAUCAUCUUCGACAUGGACGGCCUGUUGCUGGACACGGAGAGGCUGUACACCAUAGCAUUCGACGAAGUUUGCUCCCGUUAUAACAAGAGAUUUAAGUGGGACUUGAAGGGCUUAAUUAUGGGAAUGCGGGCCUUGGACGGGGCCGCAGUUAUUUGCGAGAAGCUGGAGCUCCCCAUCUCCCCAGAAGAGUUGAUGACACAAGCUGCUAUUUUGCAGACCAACCUGUUCCCCACCGCCGAGCUGAUGCCAGGUGCCAAGAAGUUAGUGUGUCACCUCGUUAAGCACUGUGUACCCAUAGCAGUGGGCACCAGCUCAUUGACGAAGAUGUUUGAACUGAAGACAAGCAGACACAAGGAGUUCUUCGCCUUAUUCCACCACAUUAUACGUGGCGACCAUCCCGAAGUGAAGAACAGCAAGCCGCACCCCGACACCUUCGUGGUCUCUGCGAAGGAAUUUGACCCUCCAGCGUGCCCUGCAGAUUGCCUUGUGUUUGAAGAUUCCCCGAAUGGAGUGACGGCAGCGUUGACAGCAGGGAUGCAGGUGGUCCACGUUCCAGACCCCCAGCUGGACCCGGAGCUCACAAAGUCGGCAACCCUGGUACUCAAGUCGCUGGAGGACUUCAAGCCGGAAUUGUUUGGUUUACCUGCGUAUGAUUAGUCUCUCAGCCAGUCUCCAGGCGCAGAGUGUGUGGGUUGGUUCUUCUUUCUCUGGUCUUGGUCGUGGGAGGAAGACCAUUCAUCCGUGCGGCCGGUGCCUUUUCAUCGAAUCCUUCCAAAUCGUUUUUACAAUUGCAACACCCGACGACCAGUGUAGUAUUCUGAUCCCCGACAGUAAAGUCAAGCUGGUACACAAAAAUGCUGGAGAAACUCAGCGGGUGCAGCAGCAUCUAUGGAGCGAA